UAAUCAAGAAUACUGAAAACUCAAUUGUGGUUAUGACUUCAUCAGCGUCAGAAUACACCAUUGGAGGUGUGAAAAUUCUCUUCCCUUGCAAGGCAUACCCUUCACAGCUUGCUAUGAUGAAUGCAAUUGUGAAGGGGCUCAACUCCAAACAGCACUGCCUGUUGGAGAGUCCUACUGGAAGCGGGAAAAGCCUGGCGUUGCUUUGCUCUGCAUUGUCAUGGCAACAGUCACUUUACGACAAACCACUUGAUGACUUGCAAUGUUCAAAGGAAUGCAAGAAACCAGAGACCUUGAUGCCAUGCAGCUGUCGCUGUCAUGCAACUCAGGACCAGGACAGUGUAGCAGUGAGCCAAGGCACAUCUUAUUCCUUCCCCAACAGUGGAAUGGUGACACCUGUGAAAAGUGGAACCAAGUCAAGAAACAAAGCAGAUGAAAUCUCAAGAACCACACUUGCUUCCAAACUAUCUGCAAAGAAGCAGGCAUCUUCGCAUGAAGAUGGAGAUGAUGAUUUUAUAGUAGAUAGGAAAAGGAUUCGUUCAUUAGAAACAGACCAGCAGGCAAGGAAACGGCACCGGCUGUCCCAAGGAACCCAGUUAGUUGACGCUCUGGAGGUUUACCGGCAGAAGAAAAAUGGGGAUUUAACUGUGUGCUCUGAAAAAUCGCUCCCUUUCUCUCUCAAAACAUUACAGCCUUCCAGGGCCUGCAUUCAGUGCUCAUGUUCUUCAGUCGAAGCAAAACUCAAAGAAGCAACUGAUAAAAAGAAGAAAGAAAAUGGAGGAAAGGCAUUUGUCCCCAAAAUAUUUUUUGGAACUCGCACCCACAAACAAAUUGCUCAGAUUACUAGGGAGAUGCGGAGGACGGCAUACUCAGAUGUCCCCAUGACUAUUCUUUCCAGCAGGGACCACACAUGUGUCCAUCCAACAGUGUCCAGCUGCAGCAGCAAGAAUGAAAAAUGUGUAGAGUUACUGGAAGCCAAGAAUGGCACAUCUUGUUCUUACUACCAUGGAGUCCAUAAGCUUGGUGAACAUCAUGCCUUAAAAUCUGCACGUAAGAAAUACCAGGCUUGGGACAUCGAAGACCUAGUGAGCCUCGGGAAGAAGCUACGUGCCUGUGCCUAUUUCGCAGCUCGAGAGCUUAUGGAGGGGGCUAAGAUUGUGUUUUGUCCUUACAACUAUCUUCUAGACUCACAAAUAAGAGAGAGUAUGGAGAUUGUCUUGAAAGACCAUGUGAUCAUUUUAGAUGAAGCUCAUAAUAUUGAGGAUUGUGCACGGGAAUCGGCCAGCUACAGUGUGACGGAAACUCAACUCAAAUUGGCCCGAGAGGAGCUGGACACCAUGGUGAAUAACAACAUUAGGAGGAAGGAUCACGAACCAUUGCGUGCUGUAUGCUGCAGUCUGACAAAUUGGUUGAGGGAAACUCUUGGUCAGCUUGUGGAGAGAAAUUAUGAGGCCUCUAGUAAGGUUUGGAGUGGAAGACAAAUGGUGGCGUUCCUGCAUGAUAUGGGAAUAACGAUUGCCACGUUUCCCAUCUUACAGAAACAUUUUGCUGCUGUUCUUGAAAAGGAGGAAAAAGUAAACCUGUUCAAUGGAGGAGAAGAGCUUGUUUUUGUUCCAAUUAUAAGCCCUUCGACUCAGAUUAUGCUGAAGGGGUUAUUCAUGGUCCUGGGGUAUCUUUUUAAAGAGAAUCACAGGUUUGCUGAUGACUACAGAGUUGCAUUGCAGCAAGCCUACGUUUGGACUAAUGAAAAUCCAGUUGAUACUCCAGAUGAGAAUGGUUUCUUUGCACGAUCAAAAAGAAGAUCACGACAAAAAACAGCAGUGCAUACACUCAGUUUCUGGUGCAUGAAUCCGGCUGUGGCCUUCUCAGACAUGUGUGGCGAUGUCGGGUCAGUCGUGUUGACCUCAGGAACGCUCUCUCCCAUGGACUCCUUUUCUUCUGAGCUUGGUGUGAAGUUUUCCAUUCAACUUGAAGCAAACCAUGUUAUCAGGAAUUCCCAGGUGUGGGUUGGUACUGUUGGAGCUGGCCCUAAAGGCAGGUCAUUAUGUGCUACGUUCCAGCACGUUGAGACCUUUGAUUUCCAGGAUGAAGUUGGGGAGCUUCUGCUCUCAGUUUGUCAGACCAUCGGCCAAGGGGUUUUGUGCUUUGUGCCAUCUUACAAGAUGUUAGAUAAACUGAAAGAUCGCUGGCUGCACACUGGCUUAUGGGAAAAGCUUGAACUGAUUAAGACGGUCAUCGUGGAACCGAAAGGAGGCAACAAAGCUGAUUUUGACGAGCUGCUGCAAGUAUACUACGAUGCCAUAAAAUUUAAAGAAGGAAAAGAUGGGGCGCUUCUUAUUGCUGUCUGCAGAGGCAAAGUCAGUGAAGGCUUGGAUUUCUCUGAUGACAACGCCCGUGCUGUUGUAACCAUAGGAAUUCCAUUUCCAAACGUGAAGGACCUUCAGGUUGAACUUAAGAGGAAGUACAAUGACCUACAUUCCAAAGAGAGAGGACUUCUACCAGGCAGCCAGUGGUAUGAAAUCCAGGCCUUCAGAGCUCUCAACCAAGCAUUGGGCAGGUGUAUUCGCCACAGGAGCGAUUGGGGAGCGCUUAUUUUAGUUGAUGACCGCUUCAGAAGGAACCCAAAUAAAUACAUAGCUGGAUUGUCAAAAUGGAUUCGUCAGCUGGUCCAGCACCAUGAAAACUUUGAUUGCGCCCUUGGUUCUUUGGAUGCGUUUGCUAAAACAAACCAGAAGAGCACAGAUUCUUCAGCUCAGGGUAACGACAGAUCUGUGCUCAUGUCUUCAAGCUCAAAAGAUCUGUCAUCAAGUUCUUUACUGGAGGCAACUCUUCAUCUAUCACCAGGUGUUACUGUUGAAAGAGAAGUGCAUGAUUUAACCCUAGAAACACUUUCUGCUACAGACGUCAUUGCAGUUAAUCCAACGACAUCCAGUCAGUCAUGUUACAUAUCUGCAAAUCAACAAAAUCUUCAGCCCCUCUGCCAGACUGUAAAGCAAGAAAACCUAACCGACUCCAAAACCUUGAUCGGGAAGAACAAGAGGGAGAAAGCAAAUAAUCAGCUCUCCUCUGUCGGUAUAAAACAGUAUUUCAGUAAACCAUUGACUUCAACACCCCUGCUUGCCCUGAAUGAGAAAGACCUCUCCAAAGCUAAAUGCCAACCAAAGAUGCCAAUGGAUGAAAGUACCCAGUUUGUUGCAAAUGAACCCCAGCAGAAUGUGUCUUUGGUUGAGGAACACAGGGCAACUGGAUUGUCACUAUGUAUAGAACCGAUUAGCUUUUCUGCUGGAAAGGCCAUUCAAGAAUAUCCUACUGUGCAGCAGCUCUGGGUUCACGAAGAGAGGAGGGACAUGGCAUUUUCUCCAGUGAGAGGAAACGCGAACCUUUCAACAUUAGAUAUAGCUGCAGAGACAGAUGACAACGACGACAGUAUCUAUUUCACACCUGAACUUUUCGAGUCAGCAGUACAGAAAAACGAGUUGUCAACUCAUGCUUGCAGCGAGACUGGGAUUUCCUUUGAAUCUGCAAGCUCUAUUAAAGUUGAAGAGCUUUGUGAGACCAGUGCUCUAAAGCUAGUAGAUGCAAUGGUCAGCAUUAAAACCGAUGCUGACACGAAGGCAGAGCCUGGAAUCGUGCAGAGCAGUGAGAGUUUUGGAGGGGCAGUCAGAGCAGCUGGACACAGUACUACUAGCAUAGGUGAAGCUGAGCAGGAGGCAAAGAUAAAGAAGCUUUCCAGAUCACGAAACAAAGGUGUGUCCGUUGUCCAGUUUAAUUAUCAGUAGUGGGUGGGAUGGAGGAACCCCUCAGGAAUGAGUUUUUAGUUUUGCUAGAAAUCAUAGAACGAUGGUUGUUUCCUGAUGUUAGGUAUAGGCUUCAGUUAAUCAGUUUUUCAGAAAACCAGAGCAAUGAAAACAAUAUCUAAGUAAGAAUCACUGGACAUUACCUGGAAAAAAGAGAGCUUCCUCCUUCCUCUCUCUCUGGCGAUGUUAAAUAAUGUAAAUAGUGUGGCACUGUGUCAUCAUCUUGCAUGGUUCCCUAUCUUUGUUAUAUCAUGUUACAUCAAGGUUCCCUACCCCUGCAAUCGGGAUGUGGAGCAGAGAAAUGGAAAUAGCCAACAUUGCAGUGAUAUGUCAUGUGUUUCCAUUUCAACAUGCUACAGGGAAGAGAGGAGGAGGCAGGGCUAUUGCUUUUGGUGGCCAGCACAGAGGCAGUUGCAACCCAAACCCAGAAAUCAUGAUGAUUGCCGUGGUUACAAUUGAUGUAAACCUUCGUGUCCUACUCACGUGGAGCACUCUGGGGAAAGAUCUCAUGUGUCUGUCACAAGUAAAAGUAGCCUCCCCAUGUUUUUUAUUGCAUUGUAUCACUGGGAUAUUCCUAGAAAUAACUGGAAGCUGGUCAAUGAAGUGAUCAGGAAAUAUACCAUUUUCAAAUAAAUAUGUUGCUGCCCAGUUCAUUGAUUGCUUCCUUUCUGCAGGAGAAUGUUGCAGCUGUAUAAAGUGGGAGUGGGCAUGCUGGAAGAGGAGCACUGCAAAAAAAUUCUUUGCAACCGGCAGAUUUUGGGGGCUGGCUAAAAAACUUAGCAGUCUGCUGAAGCAUGGUAGCCACACAGAACCAGCACUACAUUUUUGUUUUUGUUUUUUUAACAACUGGAUUUCAUAUGGACCUCCCUGUGUGGUAGCUUCAGAAGUUGCCAUGUAAUGGGAAAAACUGGUCCAAGAUUUGUUGCUUGUGUGCAAAGAAUGCCACUCUCUUUAUCUGUCGUUUCUGCUUUAAUACAUCAUGUGCUAGAUGGACCAGAACACAACAGUAUAAACAGAUCCAGAUCAUUUUCAUCACCUCUUAAACCUACUUAGCAUGCUCUUAUUUUAUAUAUACAUCUAACAAUCGAGGAAGGCUGUGUUGAAGCCUUGAGGAUGUGUUCAGUUUUGUUAGGAAGGUGUGCUGUGUGAAUCAUCCCUUGGAGCUUCUUAACACUUUACACAGCAAUUGUGUUUCACGUAAGAAAUGUGUAAAGUAUGGGUGAUAAUUGCUGAUCCUUAAACAUCUUGGGAAAAUUGUGGCCAAAUCAGGACUCUCUGGGAAGAAAAACAUGUUUCUGUUCUGUUUUGCCAUAGGAAAUAUUUGUGUUUGUCACAUAAAGGGUAAGGCGGCCCUUAGGAAUCUUUCUACUGUACUGUUGAAUAUAUGCCAGCAUAAUAGCCUAAUUUCAUUUUUUUUAAUUUACCAUUUUCUACAUCUCAUCAAAAAUAUUUCUCCUAAAUGGAACAGAUGAUAGGAAGUGCUAUACUCAUUUUAGAAUUCUUUCUUAUGUAUAUUGCAUGGGUAUAAUCAGUGGUGUUUUUUCAAAACCCUUUCAGUCCUCCUUUCAAUCAGUUUCUUUGAAUUUAGGUUACAAAAUGCUUAUUGUUUUAAGCACUUUAAAAAUAUGGAUAAAAUAAAUGACACUGACCAGCCAGGUUUGUAAGUUUUCAUUUCGUGUGUGUAAAAUGUAUGUAAUGGGGCUUGAAUAUAAUGUUGUGUUGUUAAGAACCUGACCCAAGUUGUCCUCAGUAGUGGAAAUACAUAAUUUGAAUAAUUGUGGGAAUGCCUCACGAAAUCACUGAUUCUUAGUCACACUGGUUGCAAAAUAAUAAUCAAAUCCUGAAUUUAUUGAAGGACUGAAAGUACAGAGAACAUAUAAACGAAGAAUCAGGAAACCAUGUAUUAAAGGAGGGGCCAAGUCACUGACAGGUAAAGUCGGAAACAAUUUGUAGAUUUUCAAGUUUGAUUAUAGUGGUAGUUAUAGUAAUCCAGUUGGAAUCAGGUCAAUUAAUGAGUGGAUCUGGCCAAUGACUCGUCUUGUCUUGCACCCUCUUCUCCAUGACACAGUUCCAGCGGAGGCUGUCCGUUAGGUGAACGAGACAAUUCCCAUCAAGUUCACCCUAUCCUCAGCCAGCCCAGGGGGCGGCACUGCUUGUCAGCUUCCUCCUCCUUACUGUUAGUGGUGUCACCUUAGAACUUAGCAAGCAAGAGAAUGGGGGCAAGAUCAGAAUUAGUGGACCUAGUCUGUCAUUGGCUCCAGUUCCACCUACUGUUGCACUUCCUGCUUUCACUUCCCUGCCAGCCCCAAUGGACACUAGCCUCCAAUGCACAGUUUCUUCCUUUGCCUAAACUGCUCCGGUUUCUGGGGUGGGAGCUUUGGUAUGCAAAGGAGCCGUGGCAUGCUGUGACGGGAAACUCUAUUUAAAACAGUGAACAGCUGAAUAUAAAGUGCUUUCUGUAUAAUGCAGUCAUGUUGGGCAAGUCAUUUAAUACUUUUUUAUAUUACCAAUGUAUGUAAGUUUCCAAGCAAUAAAAUAUUGAUCCAAAUGGCUUGUGCUU